GGGGCGCCCUGGCCACUGAGCUCCGCCGGGCAAGCGAGCGCUCAGCGCAGAGCCAGAGCUGCGCGCGUCCUGUUCCGAGGCCGUCGCCAGCCCACCAGCAUGGCCCCCUCAGCGGCGUCGGGUGGCAGCAGCCUGCCUAGCGGCUUCGCGGUCUUCAUCACCUUCCCGGACCUGCUCUUCAUCUUCGAGUUUGUCUUUGGGGGGCUGGUGUGGAUCCUGAUUGCCUCGUCCCAUGUGCCCAUCCCACUGAUCCAGGGCUGGGUCAUGUUCACGUCUGUGUCUUGCUUCAUAGCCACCACUCUACUGCUCUUCCUGUACCUAAUUGGUGCCCACGGCAGCAGAACUUCCUGGAUCACCCUGGAUGCAGCCUACCACUGUAUCGCCUCCCUGUUUUACUUUGGUGCCUCUGUCCUGGAAGCUUUGGCUGCCAUCGAGCUGCAAGUGGGCUUCACCUACAAACAUUACCAUGAAAACAUCGCUGCUGUGGUGUUUUCAUUCGUAGUCACUCUGCUGUACGUGGUCCAUGCAGUGUUUUCUCUAAUCAGAUGGAAGUCUUCCUAAAGCAGCAGAAGAACUGUAGCUGAAAACCAAGAGGGUUAUUAACGGAUCGGCCCGCCUUCCAGCAUAACACUUUAGAAUGCAGAAAUGUUCCUGAUAAUGGGUAAAGAAAGAGGUUUACUCUCCCAUAUACCUUCAUGUCAGAGUAGGAGGCUUGCUACAUUUAUCCUCCGACUACUGAGCUGUCUUUCCAAGAUCGUUUCCUAUUUGAAAGGGGGCAGUGGGAGUGGGAAGUGAGGAAUGUGAUCUGAGAGACCACAAAACUGGACUGCUGACUCCUGGACCGGACCGUGAGAACCGUCUACUGGAAUUUUCCUCCGGCUCUUUUGAGUGUCCAUCUUGCAGCAAGUUUCUCUGUCUUCAAGGAUAUUCUACCUGUCAAGGGGAAUAAAAUUCACCCAACAAAUGUUUGCAGAUGUCCACAGUGGGAUGUGAUAAACCUUUGAAAUACUUUAUAAAGUACCUUUAUGUUCAAUA